AUGUUUGUCCUACCACCUCCCCCUCCGAGAUACACUAUCCCUGUCGCUUAUGCGGCGGGGGCGGCGAACGGCAUGGCAGUCCCUGUGGUCGAAACGAACAACACCAUCUCUCAUCCGGAGAGCGGAUGUCCCCUGCAAGUCGGAGAAGGUACCUAUACCCUCAAGGAUGACCUUCUGCUCGCGACACCACCCCCACACCCUUCCGAAGCACCCAUUAUCAACCCCAACCCACUGGCCACUGUUCCAAACCCUCCCACCUCUGGAGUCAAGCUAUCGCUAGUCAGCCUGGAUCAUCGCAAGCAACCUCCGACCUUCCUGAAGACAGCCAUUGUAGCACCGCCGUUCGGAGAUGGGAACCCCGCACUUGCGGCCCCCGUGCUACCGGCAAAGGAUGCGCUGAAGCGGCGCAAACCUAAGAACAAUAUUAUCAAGAGCAGCUCCUCAUUUGUGUCUCGGGUAAUAACGCACGAAACAUCGGCCAAGCGCCUGAGCGAACGUGACCCGAAUGGCAUUUUUGCCUUUGCCAACAUCAACCGAGCAUUCCAAUGGCUGGACCUUAACUCGGCUCAGAAGGAGGAACAUCUCACUAAAGUCCUUUUCACCAAAGCGCACAUGCUCUGUCACGAUAUCAACGAGUUGACCAAGACCUCUUCACACCUGGAUAUUGUGAUGGGUUCCUCCGCCGGUGACAUCAUUUGGUAUGAGCCGAUGUCGCAGAAAUAUGCCCGCAUCAAUAAGAAUGGUGUGAUUAACAACUCCCCUGUUACCCAUAUCAAAUGGCUCCCGGGAUCUGAAAACUUGUUCCUUGCAUCGCAUGCGAAUGGCGUGUUGGUCGUUUACGAUAAGGAGAAGGAGGAUGCACUCUUCACCCCUGAGGUGAUACCCCCUCCCGACCAUGACCCCAGCAAGUUUCCCUUGGAGGUUCUCAAAUCAGUGCAAUCGAAGAACCAGAAGACCAACCCGAUAUGUCUCUGGAAGCUAGCGAAUCAAAAAAUUUCCCAUUUCUCCUUCGCGCCUGAUCAGAGACAUCUGGCAGUUGUCCUGGAGGAUGGUUCUCUCCGAUUAAUGGACUACUUGGAAGAGGAGAUUUUGGACAUCUUCCGCAGCUACUACGGUGGUAUAAUCUGCGUUUGCUGGUCGCCCGACGGUAAAUACAUUGUGACUGGUGGCCAAGACGACCUUCUCACUAUCUGGUCUUUCCCCGAGCGCAAAAUCGUCGCUCGCUGCCAGGGACACAAUUCCUUCGUUUCCGCGGUCGCGUUUGAUCCGUGGCGUUGUGACCAGAAGACCUAUCGAUUUGGCAGCGUCGGUGAUGACUGCAGGCUCCUCUUGUGGGAUUUCAGCGUCGGCAUGCUUCAUAGACCUCGUGCGCACCAAAGUACUGCCCGUCACCGAAGCAGUGUUGUUGUGCCGAGCACACAAGGCGGCAAUCGCUAUCGGGCUGACAGUGGCGGUAACCGUCUUCGCUCGGACUCGGAAAAAACCGAAAAGCUCGACAGCAUUAUUGAUCCGAUGGCUAGCCAUCCUGUUGAGCCUCGGGCUCGGACUGCUAUGUUGCCUCCUAUUAUGUCCAAAAUUGUCGGAGAAGAUCCUAUUUGCUGGCUCGGUUUCCAAAAGGAUUCUAUUAUGACAUCCUCUCUCGAAGGCCACAUUCGCACUUGGGAUCGACCAAGUGAUAGCGUUAUCAAGUCAGGAUAA